GCGUCCCGCGUCCGGCCGGCAGCUGAGUAACCUACAGGUGCACAGCUACGCCCUGGAACGCGCCCGCCAACUCAACACCAGUCAAUCGGAGCCGCCAGUCUUUGUCACUUUGACUUAACCGGACGCGAAAAACUUUAGUCGGUGGCGCAUGGAAAAUUAUUUAUCGUUUGGAAGUCGGACGGAACGGAACGUUUGAGCGAAAAAAGCACGGCCUGUUGAUCGCGAUUCGAACUCACACAAACUUUCGGGAACAGCAAGGAAUAGCCGGGACCCAUCAAUUAUGCUACACCCUGAUGUGUAACCUGACUACAAUCGGCUAGCUGAUAAGUGGAAAAUGAAAGUGGUUCAAAUUUUAAUGUUCUAUCUAACGGGCAAGAAAGUGAUCGAUAAUGGUAGUGAACAGAACGGUGAAAAGUGAACGCACUUCCGAUUACCAAGAAUUUGGAUAGCGACAGUGUCAAACAACAAAAAAAGUGCACCAGUGUAGUACCAAAUUUUCCAAUAGAUUUCCCUUAGAAAGUAUUUGUUAUUAAGUGAAAACGAAAUAUCCUCUUCAUAUCAUGGUGAAACCAGCGUCUAGAAUAAUAAUCAAAUUUCUAGAAUUACUUGGGUGUGUUGCCUGUAUAAUUACGAAGAUCAUCACCGAUCACGAAUCGCGACGUGUGUUCGUUAGGAAUCAGAAAUUAUCCAGAGAAUGGAGCCUCAUACACAACGUCACCUGGAGCAGUGGCGGCAAUGCAUUUACCAAUAUCGUAUACGGUGGUUUCACGAUCGUCAUCGCACUGAUGCUAAUCACAAGGUGCGUUGAUGCCAAAUCCCGCCCAACUUUGUUCGAAAAGAUCGUCCUGUCGUUGGGAGCGCUAAUGUUUUUCGCUGCCGGUGGCCUGGUUUUCGCCUCGAUAGACCAAGUACAUCCGGACCUCCAUGACAACGCCAUCAUACUGGGCUGUUUAUCGUUCCUGGUGGCGAUUCUGUUCGUGAUUGACCUGGCCGAUCCGUUGGCCCGAAUGACGGCACACAUGACCCAGACGGAUAGCAGCUCGAUGGGUGGGGUUUCAAGAGCUUCGGAGACCGAGAAAGAUAUGCUGAGGAAAGAUGUAUCGACGGAUACGGAAACGCCGAUUUAUUCUAUUUCCAGGGACCACCGGUAUCGGGAUAUGGUUGGACCGGAUCGGAGAAGUUUCGAUGAAGCCAUGGAGCGGGAGCGCUAUCGGGAAAGGGAUGAACCAGAACGGGUCAGUUACAGACGACGCAGUGAGGUUGAUCGGGAACGAGAGGGUUAUCUGGAACGAGCUGAACCAAGGAGAAAGAGUUAUAUGGACCGGGAUAACGCAGACCGCCAUAGUAUGGAGUCUGUCGUAGUCGAGCGGAAAGUUUAUCCUUCAGUUCAGGUCCCGGUGUUUGCUCAUGUUCGUGCUCCCUACGAAGAGAGUCGUCGAAUAGCUGGGAAAGAAAUCCAAUACUUGCCAAAACAGGAUUACCGAGACCGGAGAGACUAUCGGGAUGCCGGCAUGUACUCCAGCCGGCAACACCUUCAUACCAGGGAACCUUCACCAAAAUCAACACCAUUCCAUGACAACGAAUCCUUUGUAGACGAAAUUUCUCCUUCGAGGAGAAGUACUUAUGUGCCAGCCGAUAACUUCGACCAGGAUGUUGUUAAGAUGAUGUCCAGGCCGAGACCACCACCUCCAGCAAAGCCAACGACAUCCCCUGGGCAAAGUUCAUCCCGAACGGGAUCCUCAAAUUGUACCAACUGCCGGGAGACACCGCCAAGAAGUAAUCCCGUUAAGAAGAGCAGCUACCACAGUCAACCGAUAAGGGACGAACCGGAUAUGCCCAUCAAGCCCGGGUAUGUGGCCAAUGCUGCCAAAAAGUGGGACGAUCGAGCGAGAAGCAAAAGUCAACCGAUCAUUGGUCUUAACACCAUGGUGUGAAAUCGUUAUCGUUAAUUUUUUCGAACAACAGUGUAGAUUUGUUUUUCAAUAAAGUAGUUUUGUAAA